AUGUUUGCAUGUGUACAGUACACAGAAGAUAAGGAGCGGGCAGCGCUGCCUGUGGCUCUUAUAAGAGAUUUCGAGCGACAAAGCACAACUGACUUCAAAAAGCACGACGUUGUCAUGGCGUAUUGGGCGGACGAAGAUGGAAGAGGCGAGAACUUUUACCCGGCCAACGUCACUGCACUCGCGUACACACUUGAGGACCUUCUGUGCAAAUUGAAGAACUCGCGACACUCAUUUCCCAGAGUGAUAUUGGGAAAGCUGCACAAAGGCAACUUGGCUGAUGAAGGGCUCUCCAAGAGAGAAGAGAGGAAAAGGAAGCGAGAAGCUGCCAGGAAGGAACUUGGCAACAUACUUAAGGCAUUCAAGCAGUCGGAGAACUCGGAACUGUUUCAAGACUUUGAAGAUGAGAGCAAAGAAUCUGUUGAAAAUCACACUAAAAGCAAGAAAGAUAAAGGAGCUUCACAUGAAAUUGAGUGGAAGAAGAUGGAAGCAAGAAUUGAGGACCUUGAAAAAGAACUACAAAAUAUAGAAGCUGAGAAAGAGGAGCUUGCUCGGCUGUUGGAAGAGGAGCGAGAGAGGUCAAGAAGGCUGACGGAUGCCCUCCUCAACAAGAUUGUGUUCUAUGAUUUCCGUGGCACGGGUUUUGUGCCGCCUCCUGCAAGAGCUGGCAACGUGCUGAGUGACCAGGCUGACAGGGACCGGCACGCCUCAGAUGGCUGUGGUCCACCGCAGUCAUACGAAGUGUUGGCGGAGGGUUCAGUGGAAGGCAAGUGA